AUGCCGGGCAAGGUGAACCCCACGCAGUGCGAGAUGAUGACGAUGGUGGCCGCGCAGGUGAUCGGCAAUGACGCCGCCGUGAGUGCCGGGGGCCUCCAGGGGCACUUCGAGCUCAACGUGUUCAAGCCGGUGAUGAUAGCAAAUUUGCUGCAGUCCAUCCGGCUCCUCGGCGACGGUGCGGCAAGCUUCAGCGAGCGUUGCGUGGAGGGCGCUACCGCGAACGAGGAGAACAUCAGAGAGCUGAUGAGCAGGAGCCUGAUGCUCGUCACGGCGCUCAAUCCUCACAUCGGCUACGACAAUGCCGCGAAGGUGGCAAAGCUGGCCCACAAGGACGGCACAACUCUCAAGGAGGCGGCAUUGAAGCUUCAGCUGCUGACUGAGGAGCAGUUUGCCGAGUGGGUGAUUCCAGAAAACAUGAUUGGCCCGUCGUGA